AUGGACGGCAUCUGUCAAGAAUUUAUUCGCGCCCAAGAGCGAGGCGAUACCUACGUUUACGCCGAUAUUGAAUACGUAGAUGAGGUGGUAAACGCGGAGGCCGCGGAAGAGACUGACGGAGAAGGCAGUGAAGAAAUAAUCGUUGAAACUGCCGAAGAAUGUACCGACGAGUCUGACGACGACUCUGACGAUGAAAGUAGCGAAGACGAUGGCAAUGAGACAGAGGACGAGUCUGAUGAACAAAGGAGCGAAGACGAUGGCGAUAAAACAGAAGACGAGUCUGAGGAUGUCGAUAUUCGUAUUCCUGAAGCCUCGGAAUACGACUUUCUGUGUUAG